AUGGGACGCCUCACCUACUUUGGGCUCUGCCUUCUUAGCAUUCUGGUCUCCAAUCCUUUCCAAGAAGUUGGGGCUGACACCUGUGCCAGAGAGUGGCUGCAGAACCAGGGCAACUGCUAUGCCUAUUUCGAUACUAAACUGAGCUGGCAUGAGGCAGAGAUUGAGUGCCAGAGCUAUGGCCGCGGGGCCCAUCUUGCCUCAAUCCUCACCAAGGCAGAGACUCUUCUGGUGGCUCAACACAUCUCCACUUACCAGCGAAAACUAAGUGAAGUCUGGAUUGGGCUCCAUGAUGUCCGUGAGAGCAAAAGAUGGAGGUGGGCUGAUGAAUCGACCUACAACUACAAGGCCUGGAUGAGCCAGCAGCCAGACAACUAUGGUGGUCGUGAGCACUGUGUGGAGCUCCGACAUUCCACAGGUUUUAAGGAGUGGAACGAUGUUCAGUGCGAGAAACGAAACACCUACAUCUGCAAGCACGAACUCUAG